GGGACGGGAGACGGAGAGAGGAAAGAGGAUAAGGCAGGAGGCCGAGGAAGGGACGUUUAAAACCGUCUAAAUCCGCCUGACUGAGGACGACGACACAGAAACGCUGCUACGGAAACGGAAAAUAAAAAAAAAAGGGAACUCCACAUACUCCACUUCGACCUUUUCUGACAAAGACAACCGCUUUUCCUGUCCUCUCGCGAGAAACCCAUCGAUUUUCAGCAGCAAUGGCUCAAGAGACGAACCAGAGCCCGGUCCCCAUGCUUUGUGCUACAGGCUGUGGUUUCUAUGGCAACCCAAGAACCAAUGGCAUGUGCUCUGUAUGCUACAAGGAACACCUGACGCGACAGCAGAGCAGCGAUCGCAUGAGCCCCAUGAGCCCAAUGGGCUCCACUGCUAGUCCUACCUCAGAGGCCUCAGCCAUCCAGAGACUAGAAGCCAGUCUAGCCAAGGUUGACGCCUCCCCUGCCUCCUCACCAGACAUGUCUAGCAGGACUGUUCAAGGAUCUCUUCCUGUAACCCAACAGAUGACAGAGAUGAGCAUCUCCAGAGAGGAGAAGCCAGAACUCCUAGAGCCUGUUGUAAGCCAGCCUGCUGCUUCUAGUCCUUCUCCUGUAGCUUCUCCCAGCACUGAAGAAGGCAAGGGCGAAACCCCCAAACCGAAGAAAAACCGAUGCUUCAUGUGCCGCAAAAGGGUGGGCCUUACAGGGUUUGACUGUCGCUGUGGUAACCUAUUCUGUGGCAUCCAUCGAUACUCCGACAAGCACAACUGUCCCUACGAUUACAAGGCCGAGGCUGCCGCCAAGAUCCGCAAAGAGAAUCCCGUGGUUGUGGCUGACAAGAUCCAGAGAAUAUAAAUGGGGGGGAAACGGUGUUGGAAAUGAGGAAACACCUUGCGAAAGACUGGAGAAUGAGUGAAAACCUUUGACAUGAGUGCGAGUGGCUAAAUCAAAAGGACUUGAUUCGCAAAAAUUAUAAAAAAAAAAAUAAAAAAAAUCGAAAGACCCUACCUGAGGGAGAUGCAUGAAUGAUCACUUUUUCAUUUUCAUUAAUUCAUUAGAUUGUUUUAAUCUCGUUUUCUGUGGUGUGAAUUUGCCGCCGUUGAGUCCUUUUCCUUUUUUGUUUUUUUUUAAUGUGUUUUAUUAAGAGCAGACCAGGCACGAUGUCCAGGAUAUGCUGUGCUCCCCUCACCAGUACCAGGUUGUCAUUUUGUGCCAAACAGCCAUUUUUACUAAACUUUCAAAGCAUUCAGAUUACAAAGAAAUCUGCCCACCUUGUCCUUUAAUCCUAAAGAAAAAAACUUCAGCGUCACUCUUGAACAGGAGGAUUUUUUGUCAUUUUUCUUUUUUACCUUAUUUCUCCUAGCUUUACCUACCUCAGAGCUGCUGUGUUGUUUUUCCCUUCUAUCUGAAUCCCUGAUUGAACCUCCAAUCAGCUCACCUGUGUUCACUUUCAUAGUCUGGUUUUUCAUAAUACACGCAGAGAUCCCCCACUCUUCAACCAAAUCUGAACAACAAACCCGACUUGGAAAAAUGGUCCCAGAUCUGAUUGUAAUCGAUCGCCUGGUGCCGGGGCACUAAUGAUCGGCCUGAGAGGGCGGACGCCGGCACCCGUUCCUGAUGAGCCUGGUGCGUGAAUUUCAAAUGUUGCAAGGGGCAUAAAUGAAUGGAAUAAAUGCAUGAGUUGCUCUUCAUCUGCUUUAGUGUUUCAGAAAUAUCACUCGCCUUAGGGGUUUUGUGGGGCGUUUUAUUUCCAGAGACAAUUAUCCGACUUUUGUCUUUUUUUUUUUGUCUUCCAUUGUACUGAUGUUGGCGCAUGGACUUGGUGAAUUUGUGGACUUUAUCCUUUUUUAUUUUGCGCUAACACAACAGUCAUGUGAGCACAGUGUGUGUGUUAUUACGUGGGUGUGUCCCCCCCCCCCGCCCCUCCCUCUUCCUCCCGUCCUUUUUAGCUGUGGAGCUACCCGGUUUAUCAGCACAUGUUUACAGAAGUACAGGAGCAUGCCAGAGCUAGAUUAAUGAAAAAUAAUAGAAACUGAGAUUAGAUGUAACUUCUCAUCUGUCAAGCGUUUAUCGAUCUAUAGAGCGCGUGUGUGCAUUUUUGCGUGUGCAUGUGCACUUCCCUGUGCAAAAAAAAGUGUGUUUUCAUGGCUGCCUGACACAUGUAUGUUUGUGACUUGUUACUUUUCCCCCAGUGAGGAUGCUUUUCAUUGAAAUAACUGAGUUUUUUUUUUUUUUUUGAUUCUUAGUUAUAUGCAAAUUUGUACAAAAAAGUGAAAAAAAAACAACAAACUGUGUUGAUAUUUAUGUAUUGCAUAUAAUCUUGCUAUCCAGCAUUACAACAGAAUAGUAUCAUGUAAAUAAAACUGUACAGAGAGACAUAACCAA